AUGCAUUUGGAUCAGAGCCUCACCCCGAUGGAUGCGAAUAAAAGAGUGGCCCUGACUGGCCGUCGUGCAAAAGCGAAGUUUCGGACCUUAUAUUCCUGCAUCAACUGUCGCCGGCGCAAGGUCAAAUGUGACCGUGUCCAACCCUGCUAUGCAUGUUGUCUUCGCGGAAUUCCCGAUGAAUGCACCUAUGUGGCCAGCGGUGACAAGCGCAACUACAUGAGCCAAGCAGACGCAAUCGCAACCCUGCGCAAUGAGGUCAAACUCCUCAAGAAGAAGGUGGCCGAAUACGAACAGGUACCACGAACCUGCGACAGUCGAGCAGGCGCAACUGGUCUGCAUAACUUCAGUCACGGAGGAUCCUCAUCGGAUCCCCGAUAUUUGGCUCUCGAAGCCAUUGCCGGCGCCCUUGCAACCACGUGCCCGGCAGCCUGCGAGGAGAUCGUCGACCAGAUUCGGACCGGCACCGACCUGGCAAUUGUAGCCACCUCUGCGUUAGCUGAGUUGACGCCGCCCGCGAGUCUUGUAAGCAACAAUUAUCCAUGGAAUGGUUCGGAUGGGAAGGCGAUGGUCGGCGGUGCGAUGCUUUUGGAUGGCGGGUUGGAGCCUCCGUCGCCGGGACUGCAACGCUCGUCUCCUUCACCGUCAGACUGGAUGUCUCUGGCCGAGUCUGAUGCCAUGGAAACCGAAUUUAUUCUCGACCUGUCCAUCCCAGGCCUGCCGCGACAUUGGGAGUCCUACUCGCCGUUCUUCAUUGAUAAAUUCAUCAACGACUUUGCUCCGCCCAACCCCUGGCGCCAUCGAUCAACGACUUCCCAGCUGGACACGUCCUGGUUGCGGACCCUGGCGCACAAUAUAUCCUCUUUUCCCUUCUCCAAGUGCUCUCUCCGCUGUGUGGCCACGGCAUACUGCGGCAAGAUCACAGGUGUUCCAGAAAUCUCCUUGUCGGCGCAAAACAUGUACGCAGCCAGCUUGCGGAUCUUGCAAUGCAGCCUUGCAGCUGGAGCAGAAUCGUCCACGGACAUCAUAUGCAAUGCAUUGACGCUGUGGCUCUUCGAGUUGAUCAACUCUAGUUGCCCGGCUGGGUGGAUGAAUCAUCUUCACGGCGUCCAGAAAUUGUUUGAACGCCGCGGUCCGCAGAAUGCGAUUGCUGGGAUUGAGCACAGAGCCUUCCUAUUCAUUCGCCUUCAUGGAAUCACGGACGCGAUCACUAGACGACGGCCAAAUUUCCUCUCGAGCAGUGAGUGGAAAACGGUGCCAUGGUCAUUGAACCCUUCUGGGAAGUCACCACUCCACCGUCUCCUCGACCAGGCGGCCGAUAUUCCCGGGCUCCUGCUCGCAUAUGACGAUAUCACGGAGCGAUUCAAUCGAGGCCGUCUUUCUCCAGACGAGAAAGAGUCCCUGUGUUCGUGUCUUCUGUCCCGCUUGGACCGCCUGAUCGAUACUCUCAAGCUGUGGAGGACACAUUUUGAUAAGCAACCCUCCAGCUAUCUAGUCGAGAUGCCUGUCGUCAACAGAGGCAAGAAGAACGCUCAGAACUGGUCAGAUCACCGCCGCUUCGGCUUUCCAUCACCGCCAUUUCCCGGAAACCGCCAUGACGGUACCCAGCUGGAAACCGCUGUAUACUAUUCCGACGGCUUUGUAGCUCAAUGCCUGAACCUGUAUUACGCCUGUAUAAUCGUCCUCUUUCGUCUUCGAGCCGAGUUGCACCCAAUGUCGGCAACCAGCGACAUCUACGACUUGGCAUGCCGCAUCUGUCGGGGUGUUGAGUACCAGCUGUUUUAUACCCCUCCUGGGCCCGGCGCACUCUGGACUGUCUUCCCCCUUUCGCAGGCAUACCACGCCUUCACAGAAGGAAGUCCUGAACGGGCUUGGAUUGAUGGUCUGCUCACAUGGAUGGACGAGAAGUCCCCAUUCAUUAUCAGUCGUCUUGUCCGUCCAGAACUGGAUACUGCUGUUCUAUACUAG